UCCGGUUGAUGUUGCUGUUCCUGGGCCGCAGGGUUCCGCUGUCACUCGCACACAGACUCACUCGCCUGCUGCCCGCCGUCACCCGUCGAGGCCCGCCCUGCUCCGCUCGGCAUUAGCACAACUCGGAGCGACACCUGGAGCGACACACAACACCGUCUUCCUUAGCGCGACUGCCCAAAACACAGGAACCAUGCCCGAAAGGAGGCCCUUCGUACGGUUACCGACGGACGUUUACCCCGUCAACUACGGCUUGUGCCUGAAGCCCGACCUGAUCGACUUCACCUUUGAAGGCAAGCUGGAGGCGCUCGUGGAGGUGACACAAGCCACCAAUCAGAUUGUGAUGAACUGCGCAGACAUCGACAUCAUCACGGCGUCCUUCGUAUCGCAGGGAGGCGAAGAAAUCAACGCCACAGGAUUCAACUAUCAAAAUCAGGACGAGAAAGUCACCCUGUCAUUCCCGAGCGCUUUACAGAAAGGCUCCGGCACGUUGAAGAUCGACUUUGUCGGGGAGCUGAACGACAAGAUGAAAGGUUUCUAUAGAAGUAAAUACACGUCCGCGAACGGGGAGAGCCGCUACGCCGCCGUCACACAGUUUGAGGCCACGGAUGCCCGCCGAGCUUUCCCCUGUUGGGAUGAGCCGGCGAUCAAAGCCACCUUCGACAUCUCUCUGAUCGUUCCCAAGGACCGCGUGGCCUUGUCCAAUAUGAACGUCAUCGAUCGAAAGCCGUACCCGGAGGACGAAGACCUGGUGGAGAUGAAGUUCGCCACCACGCCCAUCAUGUCCACGUACCUCGUGGCGUUCGUCAUCGGCGAGUACGACUUUGUGGAGAGCCAAUCCUCUGACGGCAUCACGGUGCGCGUCUACACGCCCAUCGGGAAGGCGGAGCAGGGGAAGUUUGCUCUGGAGGUUGCAACCAAGACCUUACCGUUCUACAAAGACUACUUCGAUGUUCCGUACCCGUUGCCUAAAAUCGAUCUCAUAGCCAUCGCCGAUUUUGCUGCCGGUGCCAUGGAGAACUGGGGCCUGGUGACCUACAGGGAGACGGCGCUGCUCAUCGACGCCAAGAACUCCUGCUCGUCCUCCCGGCAGUGGGUGGCGCUGGUAGUCGGACACGAACUCGCUCACCAGUGGUUCGGGAACCUGGUCACCAUGGAAUGGUGGACCCAUCUGUGGCUCAAUGAGGGCUUUGCAUCCUGGAUCGAGUAUCUGUGUGUGGACCACUGCUUCCCCGAGUACGACAUCUGGACCCAGUUCGUCUCGGCCGACUACACCCGGGCCCUGGACCUGGACGCGCUGGACAGCAGCCACGCUAUCGAGGUGAACGUGGGCCAUCCCUCCGAGGUGGAUGAGAUCUUUGACACCAUCUCGUACAGCAAAGGGGCGUCUGUGAUCCGCAUGUUGCACAACUACACGGGAGACGAGGACUUUAGGAAAGGAAUGAACGCCUAUCUCUUGAAGUUCCAACACAAAAAUGCUUCAACAGAGGACCUCUGGGCCUGUCUGGAACAGGCCAGUGGGAAGCCCAUCGCUGCAGUGAUGAGCUCGUGGACCAAGCAGAUGGGCUUCCCCAUCAUCGAAGUGGAGGAGGAGCAGCAAGGCGACGACCGCGUCCUGAAGAUCUGUCAGAAGAAGUUCUGUGCCAGUGGACCGCACAGCGGCGAGGAUUGCCCCAGCUGGAUGGUCCCCAUUAGUAUUUGUACCAGCGAGGACCCCAAAUGCACCAAGCUCAAGGUUCUGCUGGACAGACCCGAGACGACCAUCACCGUGAGCGGCGUGGCGCCGGACCAGUGGGUCAAGGUGAACCCCGGCACCGUGGGCUUCUACCGCAUCCAGUACAGCACGGCCAUGUUGGAGCGGCUGCUGCCCGGAGUCCGAGACCUCAGCCUGCAGCCCGUGGACCGGCUGGGCCUGCAGAACGACCUCUUCUCCCUGUCUCGUGCCGGGAUGAUCAGCACGGUGGAGGUGCUGAAGCUGAUGGAGGCCUUCAUCAACGAGCCCAACUACACGGUGUGGAGCGACCUGAGCUGCAACCUGGGGGUGCUGUCCUCGCUGCUGUCCCACACCGACUUCCACGAGGACAUCCAGGAGUUCAUCCGGGACCUCUUCACCCCCAUCGGCCUGGAGCUGGGCUGGGACUGCAAACCUGGGGAAGGCCACCUGGACGCCCUGCUGAGGAGUCUGGUUCUGGGCAAGCUGGGGAAGGCGGGACACAAGCCCACGCUGGAGGAGGCCCGGCGGAGGUUCAGGGACCACGUGGAGGGCAAGCCGGUGCUGCCGGCCGACCUCCGGAGUCCGGUGUAUCUCACCGUGCUGAAGCAUGGAGACAGUGCCACGUUGGACACGAUGCUGAAGCUCCACAAACUGGCGGACAUGCAGGAGGAGAAGAAUCGUAUCGAGCGGGUGCUCGGCGCCAUCUCGGCCCCCGACCUCAUCCAGAAGGUCCUCAGCUUCGCCCUCUCGGAAGACGUCCGUCCCCAGGACACGGUGUCGGUCAUCGGGGGCGUGGCCGGCAGCAGUAAACAAGGCCGGAAAGCCGCCUGGAAGUUCGUCAAGGACAACUGGGAGGAGCUUUACAACCGCUACCAGGGCGGCUUCCUCAUCUCACGGCUCAUCAAGCUCACCGUUGACGGAUUUGCUGUCGACAAGAUGGCCGCUGAAGUGAAGAGUUUCUUCGACAGCCACCCGGCGCCGUCGGCCGAGCGCACGGUGCAGCAGUGCUGCGAGAACAUCAACCUCAACGUCGCCUGGCUGAAGCGCGACGGUGACGACAUCGCUCAGUAUCUACUGCGGCGCAAAGGGCCCCCCGUCUGAGCCGCCUGGCCCCGCCCCCAACACCCUCUAGCCCCUCCCCCUCCAGUGCGGACCUUCCAACAUCAUAGCUGCCUCAGCAACCCCCCCUCCAAACCCCGCCCCCUGCAGACCAGAGCUGGAGAACAGCUUCAUUGCUCUAAAGAGACUGGAACGAGAAAGGCGAAGCCAAGAAUCCAACAACGUGUCGGGGAAACGCAAAGAGACUCUUUCUACGUUAACAAAGCAAAAUUAAUGUUAGUCGGACCAGGAAUGUAGUCUUACCCCCUUCUGCCCGCGAGCGGCCGAGUAACAUUCUCCCGCCGGCGGCGUCCCCACGAGACGGGACCGCCAAAGCACUCUGCACGCCGUCGUCCAUCUCUGCGUCGUAGCUGAUAAAACUGUGAAUCCCCCCCUCCCCCCCCCUCUUUAUUUCUCCGGCUGCCACUCACUUUGAAUGCAUGAUUUGUGAUUUUUCGCUUUUUUUUUCUUUCUGCAAUUGCUGCUUUUGUUUACUUCGGUUUGUUUUUUGUACAAACAACAAAUUUACUUCAUUCUUUAAUUUAAAUUUUUUUUUUUUUUAGUUCAGUAAUUCACUCUUCGAUCUGAUUGGGUGAGAGCAGAAGGCCCCCGGGCUGAGUGGGCUUCAUGACCGUAGUGUGUGUAUGUGUGUGUGUCUGCGCGUGUGUGUGAUCCUCCAUUGCUAAUAAACGGUUAGACAGGCGAGCAGCGAUAGCAUGGUACUACAUUGUAAACUGUAUAAUGUAAGUUUUUUGUUUUUGUUGUCUGCAGACGAUGUUAUAAAUAAUGGAAAGGUUCAUGGUUUCCUGUCCCCCCCCCCCCCCCAAACCCCUCAAGCUUUGUUCAGUCGAGAGUUUGUAUAGUUUGAAUCAUCAACGAACAUAUUUGAUCUCUCCUGUUUGUUUAUCUGCCCUCCAGUGAAAUGAAGAUAUCGGCAUGUUUUAUAAAACAUCAGAUGCAGUUAUUUAAAUGUUGAGAUCAUGUUUUUAUUCUGAGGAGAGGGUUGAAACAAAAAGAAGAAAGAUCACAACGCGACUCUUCAGGGCCUUUUUUCAUUCUGACGCAACAUCAUGAAACGCCUCUUAAUGAGGGCCCGGUCCUUGGUCCCGGUCCUUGGUCCCGGUCCCGGUCUUUGUGGGGCGCGGCAGAUCGACUGGACUCCGCUGACGAACUUGGAGGCCUUUAAAUCGGUUCGACUGGUUUGCAGAAAAUAUUUAACACGGAAGUGGUGAAAAUAGUUUAUUUCCACAUAACGUCUAAUGUGACAGAUUAUGCAGACUUGUUGAACGAGUAUAUCUAUAUAGAAUUUACAAUUUGAUGUGGUUUUUGAAAAACAUACCGACCCCGAGUCAUCAGCCUGUCGUCGAGACCCCCCCCCCCCACCCUUACAUUUGUUGUUUGUUCUUUUUUGGGGUUUAAAACUACAGUUGGUGUUCAUUAAAGUGAAAAAGGAUUAUAAAAACAAA